AGUCACUGCACUCAGACAAGAGUGAGCAAACUUGUGACCCAAGCGGCGGCGGCGUCGGCGACGGCAGCACCUCGGCGCUCUGCGGGAUAAAAACCGGAUCGCAGCGACUCCACAGUCCUCCUUCAACCGCUUCACCUCCGUCAGACAACAUGGACUGCGGGAUUUUCACGUCCAAGACCGUCCUCCUCUUCCUCAGCUUGAUAUUCUGGGCUGCAGGAGCAGGGUUGGCCUACGUUGGUGCCUAUGUGAUCAAGAGCUAUGACAACUUUGACGGUUUCAUUCAGGACAAGUAUGCGCUGGUACCAGCAAUUAUCAUCAUCGGCAUCAGCGUGGUGAUGUUUGUCUUUGGUCUGGUGGGAUGCUGCUCCACAAUCCGGGAGUCCAAAUUCGGCCUCAGCUUUUUCUUUCUCAUCAUCAUGGUGAUCUUUGCGGCUGAAGUAGCUGCUUUGGUAUUUAGCUUCAUCUACCAAGGCAAGAUAAGCGGAGACCUGGAGCGCUCUAUGAAUGAUACGUUUGCAAAGUAUGAUGGGCAGAGCACUGAGACCAAAGGUGUGGACUACCUGCAGACUCAGUUGCAGUGCUGUGGAAUUAAGAAUUACACCAGCUGGUCCAGCACAACCUGGUUUUCCAGCCACAACAACACAGUGCCUCUGUCUUGCUGUAAAAACAGCACACAGUGCACUGGUAGACUGGAUCAACCAGAUCAGCUCAACGUAGAGGGUUGUGAGGCCAAGCUGCUGAGCUUCCUACAGAGUGUGUGGGGUUAUGCCAUGCUGGUUAUUCUGGGCUUCGCCAUCAUCAAGUUCUUUGGGAUGCUGAGCGUAUGUGUGAUCACCUGUAAAAGUGGCAGCCGGAGGAGUGGCUACCAGCCUCUCUAUGCCUGAAACACUUCCUGAAAUCACCUCCCACCUCCUCAUUUUGCUCCAUGAGGUUUGCUGGCCACUUGAUAACGGCAGGCAUCCUUAUACUGCAGUGUACAGAAGCAUCCAGGUCAAACAUAUACAAAUCUAAGAUUUAUUGAAGUAAUGGUAUAUUUCAAUUUUACACAAGUGGCAAACUCAUCUCAUCAUAAUAUUUCCUCCUAAGACGACAUAAAUGUGACGUGGCUUUGAAUUUUGAGUUAUUGUCUUAAUUUUCCUCUGGAGAGUUCCUGAAGUUUCCAUUUUGGUUGAGGUGCCGAAGGUUUCUUUACUGUCACAACCCAACUAUGUCCCUCUUUGAAAAAAAAACCCUUUUUUGAGUAAUUAAAUAAUAGGAAAUGCUGAUCCCUGUUUGAUUUUGUUUGCUAGAAGACAUACUCUUCUGAAGUAGCUUUUUAUUUCUAACUCUGUAAACUUAAUGCUUCACAGGAGAGGAAAGGAGAUAGAAAACUAUUUUUGGACAUAAAGACUUCUAAUUGUAAAUCUUGCUGAGGCUUCUCACUCUGCUGCAUCAUAUAGAUAUUCUUUGAAAGAACAUUAUUCUUUUGAAUGUACUAUAGUGAAAGACUAAAAACUGUAUUUUAAGCUUUUUGUGAUUGUGAACCAAAGGGCAGCAGUUUAAUGCCUUAGUAGUAGUAGUAGUAGUAGUACUAUUUAUAGCCAACGGAAUAAAUGAAUACAGUAUAUAUAUAUAUAUAUUUUGUUGUGGUCAGUUAACUGUUCUAUGUUAAGUUACAGUUCUACACAGUUUGACUUUGGUUGUGUUUAUUAUGUUUCUAAAUUAAAAAUGUGAAUAUUUCACAAUAA